UCAAGCUUUCAGCGUCAAUGGAAAGACAUUUUAUAUAAUUCGCAAUGUGUCUUGAAAAGCAGUCGAUCUCAAUCGCUGGAUAGAGCCGGAAAGACGAAUCAUUCGAUUGGAAAGAGAAGUUCUUUCUUGGGUGAGACUACUAACAGGAAAUGUUUACCCAGAUUAACAAAAUUUCGCAAGACAAAAGGCCUAAAGAAUAAGGCAGACUAACAAGAAGUUGAAUGAAACUAAAAAGAAACACAAAAUUGAUGUCACGGAGGUUUCCCAAGUUAAACGACGGAUAUCUAAAUGUUACGAUGUUGCGGGAAACUUAUUUGAAAAGCAAGAAGUAAGUUGUAAUGAAAUAGAAAAUCCCAUAAAAAGUUCUACAUAUGUUGAAGAAACUCAAUUAAAUUCGAAGAAAUAAUAACGUCUUCUGAUGAAUAUUCCUGUUUAUCCUAUGAAAGCUCAAGAAGUGGCCCUUAUUUUCCAUUGCAAUUAUCAAGCUCCGACAGCCAAAACUCUAUGGAAUUUAAACCCAACUUAAGAAACAAGCUCGAUGAUGGCGAAGUUUCCAGCAUAGUCAUCGAUCAAGUUAAGAAUGAUCAAGUUAAGUGAUGAAAAUGAAUGUCCAAAGUCCAAUGGAAAUUCCUUAAAUUCACAGGAUCUUCGAAUAGAAUCUUCUGACUCCGAAAAUCAGACUCUCAAGAAUGUAAAAUCUUUAAAUCGUAAGCCCGAUCAGGGAGAAGAAAGCAGUAAAGUUUCUAUAUACAUACACAUUGAUGUAGUCGCAGAUCAAGUUAAGAAGAGUUAUGAAAAUGUAAGUACAUCCAAUGAGAGCUCAAGAAGUUCCAAGGCUUUUCAAAUAGAAAUUAUUGGCGAUAAAGUUUCUUUCUUAGUUAAGGAGUAUCAAGGUAAAGAAUAUUCUAAGGAUUCUACUAGAGUCAAGGAUCGAGGUGAAGAAACUGAAAUUAUUUUGAAUAUAGCUACAGAUCAAGGCAAGGAAAGCAAUAGCUAUUCUACUAUGGUUAUAGAUCAAGCAAAGGAAAGCGAUAAUGUUUCGAAUGUAGCUACAGAUCAAAGUAGAGAAAGCGGCAAGGAGAAAGGUAAAGAAAACGAUAAAGAUUCAGCUAUAGUUAAGGUUCUAGUUGAAGAAAGCAAGAAUGAUUCUGCUGCAGUUAUGGAUCAGGAUAAAGAAAAAGAUCAAGUUUUUGCUAUAGUUACAGGUGUAGUUAAAGAAAUCGAUACAGAGUCUUAUAUAUCUGGAGAACAAGUUAAAGAAAUCGAUAAAGAUUCUACUAUAGCCACAGAUCUAGUUAAAGAAACCGAUAAAGAUUCUCAUAUAUCACGAGAACAAGUUAAAGAAAUCGAUAAAGAUUCUCAUAUAUCUAGAAACCAAGUUAAAAGAACCGAUAAAGAUCCUCAUAAAUCUGGAGAAAAAGACAAAGAAAUCGAUAAAGAAUCUACUAUAGUUACAGGUGUAGUCAAAGAAAUCGAUAAAGAUUCUCAUAUAUCUGGAGAACAAGUUAAAGAAAUCGAUAAUGAUUCUUAUAUAUCUGGAGAACAAGUUAAAGAAAUCAAUAAAGAUUCCACUAAAGUCACAGAUCUAGUUAAAGAAAUCGAUAAAGAUUCUAUUUUCGUCACAGAUCUAGUUAAAGAAAUCGAUAAAGAUUAUAAUGCAGUGAUAAAUCAAGCUGAAAGCAGCAAUAAACUUCCCACAAUAGUAACUAAACAAAGUGAUUAUCGGGAUCUACGAUCAUGGACUAGAAAGAAAAGAGAACUACAGUUGAAAUGUAUAAACGACAUAUAUACGAACUCCGAGCCCCAAGAAAAGUAUGUAAUCUUUGGUUGUCAAUUCCUUAACAAAACUCCCUGGCUUCCAGGAACUUCGCUUUGGCAAACAUCGGAACCCAAAAGUGUGGCCGUUGAUCAAGCUAGACCAGUACGUCGAGUUCGCUAUAUAAACUCGAAUGAUAAUGACUCGCAUACAGAAAUAUUCGAAUAUACUGAUGAUGAUGAUGAUUUCGUUAGGAGGAAUCGGUAUGGUAAAGUGGCUUUGCCAAUUCCAAUCGAUAAUUUGUAUACCUUUCCCUAUAUAACCAAAUGCACGCUAUCGAAUUGCCGAGAGCUCUUGAGUAAAUACUGUAUCAAUAGGCAUUUCUACACAGUGCAUUGCCUGCAAUGGAUUAGGUUACGUCAGAGAUUGAAUGAGGCCCGGAUUAUCGAUUUGGACUUUGGAGAAUGCAACGUUGAUCGACCUGUAAUGUAA